GCUGUCCGGCGAACGAACCAUCCAGAAGCCACCCACCCAUCGGCGCGAGGCGAUCGGAGACUCGGAGCAUCCCGGAGAGGAAGGCGAGCGGGCGGGUCUGCGACGCGGGGGGAAGGAUGGGGAAGACGCCGGUGCGGAUGAAGGCGGUGGUGUACGCGCUGUCGCCGUUCCAGCAGAAGGUGAUGCCGGGGCUGUGGAAGGACAUCACCACCAAGAUUCAUCACAAGGUCACCGAGAACUGGAUCUCCGCCACGCUCCUCCUCACCCCCGUCAUCGGAACCUACGAAUAUGCAAUGUACUACAAGGAGCAGGAGAAACUAUCCCACAGAUAUUAAGCCUGAGGCCCGCCAUGCUGAUCGCCGCAGCAGUUGGAAGUUCUCAUGAUGUUCUAUAAUUGUCCAAGAAAGAUUUAACAUUUUGGGAUCAGUUCUAGCUGUAAUCAGUUAUAGCUGUACUCAUUUCCAUAUUUCCUAAAUUCAUGCAUAUACAGUAUGCGUGCCUUGCAAACUUAUUUUGAGGCGUGCUACAUAUGCUGCCGUUUUGUCGCUGAAGUAAUUGUUAAAUAAAGCAAAUUAAUUGGCUGUUUCA